AAUUUAUAAAUUUAUAUAUUCUAUUUUCGUAAGUAUAAAAUAUUUAUGUUCAAAAAUAAAAUCUAAUAUGUUGGUAAGAUGAGUUAACAUUAGCAAACUAUAUAAUACAUGUAUAAAAAUUAACAUAUAUUUCUUUAAAGCUAAUUAUAUAAAAUCUUUGUAACUACUUUAAUCAUAAUAUCCUUAAUUUGAUUUUUAAAAAUUAAUUUUGCUUAAAUAUAUUAGACAAAUCGCAGGAUUUAUUGUCUAAUCACUUUGUUUGCAGCAGCAUUUAUCAAUCUAUGUUUACUCCUAAUGUUCUCUCUUUUAAUUUCUUGAUUGUUUCCUUUUUAAAAUUAUAAAGACCACAUAUUAACUACAAUAUAUAUGUAUAUAUACAUACGAACUUGGGCAGCAUAACAUGUAUUGACUAAGGAACUAUAUUUGAGCUUUCUUAAUAUUUGAGAUUUUGCUUGACCAAAAAUCUAGGAAUUUCAAAAAAUAUUUUUGAUUCAAAACUAGAGAAUCGACUAACCUAAUGCUAUAUAUACAACUACAGCUAACUUAAGUUUUCUUAUCUCUAUUUCAAGCCUAAAAUGUCUUCUAUUAUGUAAGUCACCUCUUUGAAACAGGUGAAACGUUUCAAAACAUCACAUAUGUAUUUUUGAAAAUCUAUAUUAUUAAACCAUGGAUAAAACUUUAAAAUUAAUUUUAUACUUACAUAUUUUAUCAUGAACUAGAUUUUGACUUAUAAGGGAUUCUAUUUUAAUAAUAUAGAUAAAACUUUAAAAUUAAUUUUAUACCUACAUAUUUUAUUAUGAAUUAUAUUCGUUUCAAUAACUGAUAUAUAAUUAUUUAGUGAAAUAAGUAAAAGAAAAAUAUAUUUUAUAUCAAUAUUAAAUGGAUUACAUAUCGAUGAGUGAGUUCAACCGGUUAGUCUUUAGUUUUAGCAAGUUUUUGUAGGUUUUAUCGGUAAUCAAUAUUUUUUAAAACCCAAACAUGAUUACAUAUUGGAUCAUUGGUUUAGUGGUUUGACCGCUGGUACGGGUCGGGUAUAAAAACGAUGAUUCAAAUACAAAAUAUUUUUAGUAGAAACAUUCCUAUCAAAUUAACAAAACUUUUGAAAUAUUGUUAAUAUAAUUUUUUUAUCACAAAAUAUCUCGCGCUUUGAAAGCGCGGAUCAAAUCUAGUUUGCUAUAUAUAUUAUUAAACUAAGAUGUCAGUUCAUUAUGAAAGGAAACAAUCACACCGCUUGCACAGCAUAUUCUAGAUUUUAGGUCUGGUAGCGUCUUCAUGUUUUUUUAGCAACAUUUACAUCAUAUUUAAUACGAUAUUGAAAUAGGACUAGUAUAUAUUAUAGGCUUUUUCAAACGUUUCUAUUUAUAUUCAAAUAUUAUAAUAAUUAUAAAUAUUCAAUAUGGAUAGUUUAGACAUUUUACUUAGUGGAAAGUGUAAUUUUAAAAAAUAAAUAAAUGAAAGUGUAGUUUUCAAAAUAAAUUAUCCUUUUAAAGUAUAUUUCCAAAUUUCCCUAUAACAUUACCAAAUAUUAUAUAUAUAUAUAGAUCCUCUUGUCUAUUACCUGAAUUAUCCGAUAGCCGAAACGUCCGACCAUGAAGCAAUAUCCAAAAUGCCCAUUCAUAAGCUGAUUGAAGUUAACAGAGAAGUAAAAUCGAAAAAGAAGCAUACAUUAGGAACUGCGCAUUAGGUAUGUAAGCAAAGUCUCAUAUAUUGGUAUUGAUUUUGGUACAAUAAUAUUAGACAUAAAAGUGAGAUAAUAUAAUUUAAUACGGAUCUUAAGCUGAUUAAAAAUAUUUGUGUUAUAAUUAUAAAUUAUCAGUUUUAAAUAUUUUAUUUUCUUCCACCAGAUUAUAAUCUUGUAUGAAACAAAUAGAAAACUGUUUGUAAAAAGGUUGAAAUUUUUAUAGAUGGAUGAUUUAAUUAUGGAUGGUCUGACUUAUUGCUUCAUAGUUUAUACAUACGAUUUAUUAAGUUUCUGGGGCUGUUAUUAGUUUGUGAUUUUUAAAAGAUUUUUUGUCAUUUGUAAAACUAAAUAACUUUCUGAAUUUAAAAAGAGUUUUGAUGAUAUUAUUUAUUUUUAAAAAACGUUAAAAAGUUUUGUAGAUUAUUCGAUUUUGAACUGAAGAUAAUUACAAAAUUUUGUAAAAUUUAUCUUUAACUAUUUAUAAUCAGGGACGGAUCUUGAAUACAACAUGUAUCAUCUACAUAAAAUCUAAAUCUAUAUCAUUCUUUAUUAAUAGACAAUCUAAUAACACCAAUCACAAAUCUCUUCCAAUCAUGAUUUACAAAGACUUUGUAAAGCCACUACAAAAAAAAAAAGAAAUUCAAUUGUAUCACUUAAAUGGAAUCACAACACUACAAGAAAACAUAUUUUUUAAAUAUGGACAAUAUGGAUGGACAAGUGGAAGAAAGCGACGAUGACAAUCAAACCAACAACUCUUCCUACCAUUCUUCAGUCGAAAAGCAUCUGUCGAUCCAAGACAAUAUGGACAAGAUAAUCUUCCAUGUGUUGUCCAGCCAGACAACAUCCUAUAAGUAGAAAAAUCACUUAUCGUCCACAGCAGAACUGCUCACAUCGUAAAAUUGUUUUUCGAGGAACAAUCGUACGUCUUCACCCCUUCUAACCACAAUUGCUUUAGCUCUUCUAUCAACGGUUGGAGAAAUAUAUCAAGAGACCGUUUUGGAUGCUUCGGUCCAUGGAUUAAUAUGGUCAAAAAUAGAAAUUCUUUUUCCAUGCACAUAUCCGGCGGUAAAUUGUACGGCGUAAAAAUGACUGGCCACAAAGAAUAUUGUCUACCAAACAUUCCAAAUGGACUAAAUCCAUCGGUGUAUAACCCACGAUAGAUAUUCCAAAUAUUUGUAGCAAAUUCUGAGUGUACCUUGUUGAAAUGUUUCCACGCUCUUGCGUCUGAUGGAUGUGCAACCUCACAAUCUCUUUGGACAUGUUCAGCAUGCCACCUCAUCGACGCAGCAGUCCUCUCAGAUUGAUAUAAUCUUUUCAAUCUGUCUGUAAUUGGUAGGUACCAAAUCCUUUGGUACGGUACCCUAUUUCUCCCACGGCCUUGCGGUUUGAAUCGUGGUUUUUUGCAGAAUCGACACUCUUCUAACUUAUCAUCUUCCUUCUAGUAGAUCAUGCAGUUGUCGAUGCAAACAUCAAUCAUCUCCGAAGGCAACCCAAGACUAUAAACCAAUUUCUGAAUCUCAUAAUAAGAUUCAGUAGACACGUUGUUUUCUAGCAAAUACUCUUUAAACAACUCCGCCCAUGCAUUCAUGUAAUUUUCAGGUAAAUUAUGAUCCGUUUUAAUAUUCAUCAUCCUAACUGCUAGAGACAAUUUAGAGAGACCUUCUCUACAACCAGUGUAGAUUGGUUGAUUUGCAGCAUCUAGCAUUUCAUAAAACCUUUUUGCAUCCAAAUUAGGUUCUUCUACAUUUCCAGUUUCAUCAGCUAUUGUUGUAGUUGUUUCUAAAAAUGCAUCACUAAUCAUAUCUUGAACCCUAUCAUGAUCUACCAUCUGCUCCUCUUGAUGAUAAUUAUAUUCAUUAUGCAAAUGAUUCGGUUCUUCAUUAUGAUGAGCAUCCUCAAAAUUAUUAUUAUUAUUACUAUUACUAGCUUCAUUUCCCCCAUAACCCUCUCCAUGUUGAUACCAAAUGUAGUAUUGUGGUGUAAAUCCUUUGUUUACUAAAUGCUUCCAUACAGUUUCACUACGUGUAAAUUUUGAAUUCUUGCAUUUCCGACUGGGGCAAAACAUCUUAUCGGUUUCCUGUGUGAUCGGUGUACAGCCCGCCUGGUGCAUGAAUGUCUCUAGCCCGCUCAGAAAUUCGUUUGUCACCCUCCUGUCGGAAUUUUUGUGCAAAUACAUCCAACUCUGUAAGUCAUAAAUACUAUCGCCACCGACCAUUUUUUUCUUAGAUUUUUUUUUGAAAUUUUUUUUUUUGUUGAUUUUUUUUUUCGUUUGUGUGUUGUAAGGAAGAGAGUUGUGGGAAAUGACAUAUAUAUAGAGAAAUUUUCGAGUUGGAUAGUUGAAAUAUAACAACGAUUUUACGAGGAAUGUUUUACAUGGAUUUUACAUGGUUUUAACAUAAUAUUUACAACCACUUUACUACGAAUUUAGGUAAGUUAAAGCACAUUGAAUACACGUUUUUACCUAAAUAUAACGGUAACAUGUUUCGUUGUAAUGUCAAUGUAACGGUUACGACAAAUUUCUCUUUCCACGUACUUCCGUCGUAAACUUACAUGUACUUUACGACGAAACUGUUUCGUCGUAAAGUUACAUGAAGUUUACGACGAAUUUUGGUUUCUUCAUAAUUACGUUGUAAAUACUAUGUAAAUUUACGAGGAAUUAUUUUCGUCGUAAAUUUUCGUUGUUAAAGAAACGUUUUUUUGUAGUGCAAAAAUAAGUGAUACUAUUUUAAAUUACUUAUUUAUAAAUGAUACAAAUAUAGAAUCGAUUGUAACAAUUGAUGUUAAUAGUAAUUUAAUUUAACAUCAAUUAACUAAUUAAAGUGAUAUAAUUUCUAUUAAUUCAUAUCAUUUUAACAUAAUUGAUGGUAUUAUAUAAAUUUAUAUCGAUUAACAGAACGGAUACAUUUACGUUUUGGUUAUCAUCUAUUAAAGUGAUUCAAAUUUUACGUCAUUAAUAAACUGGUACGAACAAAAAUUAGGUAACUAUAUAGUCUUUUAGCACUGAUUUAAUAAAAGCGUUGGUAGAUUAUUUUAAUUUGCAUCAUUUAUACCAUUUGUUUUAUUCCUUUUUUUUUUGAAACAAUCUAACGUUACGGAUGUAGUUACAUGGCUUAAAUUAUUUUAUUUUGUUUUAAAAAAAAUAUUAUAUAUUAAACACAUCCAAAAAAAUUGGGAUCAGAUUCAGUCACAAGUUCGUUUUGAACAAAAGUAUCAAAAUCUAACUAUUAACCCACUUAACCCGGUACGUUCCACUAGAUUGUUUUUCGAAAUUCUUUGAUAUCGGUAGCCGUUCUCAACCAUCGACGCGGUUUUCGGGAACGUGAGGUUCACCUCGUUGUCUUGGAUGCCGAAAAUUUCCUUGAUGUCUCCGAAGUAGGUAGUUCCCGAUGAACUCCACAAAGCUUAUACCUUCACUGUCUACGAAGCUCGGGACGACUAUAGGGGAUGUUUUCGAAUACUUACCCCAGCCUUGCAAAUGCCACCAAAGUCGGCUUGUAUGAAACGCCAACGACACAUGAAACGCAUCCCAAAUCGAGCAAGUGCCCGCUACUGUCGCCUACGAAACCUGCAAAAAAGCGGACUGGAACCAAAGCUGCUCCCAUCAUAGCCUGUCUCAGCACCUAUAUGGAAAGUUUGCUCACUACCACCAAGCUCAAAAAGUUAAAGCGGUCCUGGGAAGUAAGCAAAACCAAACGGAGACAGCAAGGCGGGAAUGACAACCCGAGUACUGCUUCGCCAUCUGCAAUCUUUGAGAACCAAAGACCAUUUACAGCCUGUUAAGACUUGUUUCCGGUGUCAAUAUUGGAGCAAUGCCAAGAAAAUAAACACGAGACAACCAACGAGAAGCGAAUGCCAAUCAAUGGAACAGCUAAAACAGAGCCGUGAAGAAGGAAUCCGAAAUGAAGUGGCCGAAAACUUUGUCCACAAGCAGCCAUAGACGACAGCUUGCUACAGACAGAGAGCUCGUUCACACGAGCCGAACUGAGCAGAGCACCAUGACCUACUGCGUGCACUACCCAAGACUCGCCUCCGAUCUGACGAAGCACCGGAGCACACUUGACUACUAGGUGAGAGAGCUGGACCACUCCGACACCGGAGAGACCCGAAGAACUAAUCCCCGAAGCCGAAUGAUUCACCUGUCGAAACCCCUCACCGGAGUCUUUAGAGUCAAGACCAACAAUCGCCUUGAUCAACGAUGUUGAGUUCCAGGGAGACUCAAAAAGGAAAAUCGAUCCACACCACAAAGCCCUAAAAACCGACCAACCGCCGUAAAAAAACUCUUCCAAACCUCGCCGAGGAGCCACAAGUAGCAGAAAUAUCGCCGGAGACGAAGGUUCUCGCGCAUGGCUUUACACUGGAGAGAAACCCUACAGCAAAACUUCAAGCAUAUCGGAGAAGAAGGCGUAGAUCCGGCGAACAGCAAAGAGCAAACAAGAGAUAAGGAGAGGAUGAGUCAUCUGGCGCUGGCAUGCGUACUCACACAGCGCCGGAGGCUAGAGACUUUCUUCAAAUUAGUUUUGGCUCGAGAGAAUGUGGAGAAGAGAGAGAAACGAGCUUCUUGCGAAACAUAACAAUAUUUUAUCGUGGUUUUAAUUUAAUUGCUCCCAUUAUAUAACUGUUUCAUCUUUAAAAAAAAAAAACAUAUUAGUUUGAUAGUUUCGAUCCUCAUUCUUUCUUUCUUUUUUUGUCAACUAAUUUAUUAUAUAAAGGAAAAUACAAGAAGUUAAUCAACCAUACCGGAGGUACAUGAAAUAAAAUUGAAAACCAUUAAAAUUAAAGGAUUUCAUUGCCAAUCAAUCCGCCAUUUCUUUCUUUAUUUCAUCCAUCUUCUACUCCAUUUCAUCAAUUUUUAUCAGUUAAACAGUAAAUUCUGGGCAAUUUGAUUUAUAAAGAAAAACUAACGCAACAAGAAGCAAUCAUCUUUCUUAUGAGUUAUGAUUGUAUUAGUUUUGUGCAUGAUUUGAAAAAAUAUAAGUCUUUUAAUCUGAUGUGGAAAGUGCAAUUUUUUCUUUCUGUUUAUGGUUUGAGAAUCAAUUUUUGUUGGAAUCCAUUAUCUCCCAGUGCCAAAUACGAAGAAUCUCUUGCAAAUUCGAAGGAGUAAAAGUCUAUGUGGAAAGUGGUUGAUGGAUAGUCUACUGAUUGGAUUCAGUUCCUCCUUUACAAUGAAGACUGAAGAUGAAAAUGAAGAAGAAGAAAAAGAACAAGAAGAAUUCGUUUUAAUUGUUUUACUCUCCCGUUUUCUCGAUUAAUCUUUUUCUUCUUCCACCUUUUCCAUGGAUGCUCUAUAUAUAUUUUUUAUUUGUUUUAUAUUUAUUCAGAUUGUAUUGUCAAUGAAAAUAUAAAUAAGAAAUAUUUAGUUGAUGUUGUAAACGUGAAGAAAAACAACGUCAAAAUAAUACGCACCAAAACUUGACAUUUUCACAUUGUCAUUUACUAUGUGGAGCCCACCGUCACUAUGCACGCACAGUAACUUUCUCUUUUUCACUUCUAUAUAAACGAUCGUUUCGAUCAAUUGUAAUACACCAUCUCUUCUUCCUCUUAUAACAUAUUCUCUCUCGUUAUUAUCUUAUAUCAGUAGUAUCUCCUUUCUGCGGGUAUAAAAUUUCGCUCUUAAUUAAAUUUCUCUAUACUAUAAAAUUAUAAGUUAUUUUAUAACACGUUAUCAGCACGAUCACUCUGCGAUUCGGUAAAAUUUAUAUGUAUCAUAUUUACUCUGCUAUAAUGGCCGGUAUACCGCCUAUAUUAUUAUCUAUAAUUUUAUAGUGGUUGUUUUAAUUAUUAUUAUUUAUCUAUAUUAAUGCGGGCGGUAUGUCGCCUCGUUAAUGAACCUUGAUUGCUAAUUACACUAUAAUUAUUGGCUUGGCUGUGCCGCCGCCUAAUUUAUUUAAUCUUAUAAUUUUUCUAUCACCAUAAUAUGAUUGAUAUUUAUUUGUUUAUUAUAUUAUUGUUAUUAUAUAAAUGUUUGGUCACCUAUAUAAAAUAUUAUGAAAUUUACGGAAUUUGGUUGACUAAUUGUUACAAUAUUUUCAGAUUGAUUUUCGGUUCAUACGAUUUAAUCCCAACGGUCACAAAGAAAAAAAAAUCAAAAAUUUUACCCUUUUCAAACGGCUAUGAACAGUAUUUUCAUCUAUAUAUAUACUCAUUCUUCACUCAUUUACUUCAUCCAAAAUAUUUCAUCUUCUCUCAAAUAUUUCCAAAUCGCCACACUCCGAUUUUUCAUUACAAGAAAGAUGAUUCGUAUAUUUUUGGUUUUAUGUGCAAUUCUAAUUUUUGCUUCUAUGUUCGGUCUUUUUAUUGGAGAAUUUGCUCCUGAAGAAUUUACGCUUAAUGUCGGUUUACUUUUCUAUGCGUUGUUUCUUCUUGUAAUUGCGUGUAUUAUUAAUAUAAAUGGUUCGUUUUAAAAGUACGAAAUUCUAAUAAAACAUAUUAUUUUGUGUUUAGAAAUACAAAUGGCAAACAUCGAGAAACUUCAGUUCCCGGCUCUCAAAAUAACUGGCGAAAACUACGUCGGAUGGGUCACGAACGUGAAACCAUAUCUGGUGAUGAAAAAGAUAACUGAAACGAUUGUAAUCGGUAACAAAUCGCCGCCCGAGCAUAUAGCCGAGGCGAUAAUCUUCCUGAAGAAGCAUUUAGAUGAGAAUCUAACGCACGACUAUGCAAGCGUCGAAGACCCAGCUGAACUGUGGCAAGCUUUAAAAGAAAGGUUUGAUAACCAGAGACAAGUCAACCUCCCUCACGCUCUAGAAGAGUGGAAAAACCUGAGGUUCCAAGAUUUUCAAAAGGUUGAGGAUUACAAUUCUGCUGUCCUGAGGAUAGUUUCACUCCUGAAAUAUUGCGGUAACCCUGUCUCUGAGGAAGAAAUGAUGAAUAAAACAUACAACACUUUCCACAAACAGCUUCACUUCCUGCCCGAAAUAUACAGAAAAUGCGGGUACACAAGAUUUUCUGAAUUGAUGGUUGCGCUCAUGUUGGCUGAAAAGAACAAUGAGCUCCUGAUCAAAAACCAUAAUUCCCGACCUACGGGAGCCAAGGCAUUUCCUGAAGUGAAUGCUACGGCGAUAGAAAAUUCGGAAAGGAGGAACCAGACCAACCGAGGUCAUGGUCGUCGUUUCAACAACAAACGUGGAAAAACUUACAAUCCCAAAUGGAAGGGAUCUAACAAGUGGGUUAGAUCCGAACAAGUUUCUAAGGGUAAAGAAACUCAAGGGGAUACCACCCAGAAGCGUGAGACAGUGUGUUACAGAUGUGGCUGUAAAGGACAUUGGUCCCGUACAUGUCGUACUCCUCCACAUCUCUGUAAGUUAUAUCAAGAGUCCACGAAAGGAAAAGCUAAAGAAGUGAACCUCACUGAAAACUUUGAAGGGACAUCGUACCUCGAUGCCUCCGACUUCGCAAAUGAGCUGGACUAGAUUACUCCUGAAGAGAAAAGAGAUGCUUAUAAUAAAACUAUCGAAUAGUUUUCAGUAUUGUCAUGUAUAAUUAUUACAUUUCCUGUUUUAAACAAAUAAUGAUGUUUUAACGUCACCUUAAUGUAUAAUUAUUGUGUGUUUCCUUAUAUGAUUAUUAUAUGAAUGAAUUUUAUGUU